GACCCAGCAGCCCCUCUUAGCAGCACAACCUGCAAGACUGGAUCCCACGGUAGAAAUUAAGACUGUUUUAUCCCAACUACAUCAAUACGCAGCAUCUUUCCAAUCCCUGCCCUUCGAUCGGCCUGUCCAUCCGUUUCAAAUUGGUGACCAGGUCCUCGUCAAGAAGUGGAAACGUGACCCCCUUACACCACGGUGGGAAGGUCCACAUACCGUCUCCCUCAUCAGCCACGCCGCAGUUAAGCUCCUUGGGAACGACAAAUGGACUCAUCACACAAGAGUAAAACGGUUUCUCACCCCCGACGAAGGAGCCAAACCGCCAGAAAAAGACUCCGGCUCUCUGUCCACCCCGGAACCGGAGGCCCGGGGAGGCACAGGCGAAGCCUCAGGCAACUGGAUCGACCCUCUGCCUACCUCGGCACCGGAAGCCCGAGGGAGCACAGGAGAAGUUUCAGACUGGACUUACGAGCCCCUAGACGGACUUAAGGGUUUGUUUAAGAAAUCAUAAUGCAAAUAACACUGUUAAUUUUAGGUGUAUACCUUCCUCAUUAUUAUGGUUGGGAAAAUACCUUUCUAGAGCUAGGAGAAACAAUAGCAAAGUCCUUUAAUCUCAGUAAUUGUUGGGUAUGUGGAGGACCAGGAGACUUAAAUGAAUGGCCAUGGGUAGCCCAACCAAUACAGCCCAAAUGGUGGGAAAGUAAUUUAAGCAUGGUCCGUAACGGAUCAGAACUAUGGGCCCAGGAUAGUAGCCCAUGGCGACUCUAUUCCUCUGGGAUGGGUAUACUAUGCCUUAAUAGAACAAGGCCAAAAGGAGUAUAUGUAGGGGAAAGUCAAUGUGAAUGGACCUUAUCCCCAGGAUUUGAUUGCUGGGAUCCCGAUUGUUUGCCAUACAAUUGCUCUAAAUAUCAGGGGCGAUGGAAUCAGACCCAUGUACAGCUGACUAAUGGCAGCUGGAUAGCCUGCUCCUAUCAACUUUAUGAUAGUGAUGAUUUUCCCAGCUGCAACGCAAUACAACAGGAUAAAUUCUUUGAUAAUUAUCUGUUUUUAAGUUGCCAGCGAGAUAAUACCACAGCCGAAAACCAUGUGAUACAGUUCUAUCACUGGGCAUGGCAACAUUAUAAUGGGACUCGAACAACCCGCUUUAAGCAAUUUUGGUCUGGUACUAAUCAACCUACAGGGGGCGGUUGCAAUUGUAUAUGGAAAGCAGGAGCAGGAGCCUGGAAAUGUGAACAUUGCAACUCUGAGGGCGAAACAGUCACUCUAUCCGGGGUCGUACCUCUGGUGUUGCUAGCAUUGCAGAGUGGAUUUGCUUCCACAGCAGCAGGACCAUUAGGACCCGGCAAUCAUUUAUAUUUUGAACUACCAAAGUAUAAAAACAAUAAUUGGGCUCUGUCACCUGGUAAGACUCCUGACCCCUGGGAUGGACCCUUUGCUAAUGGGACAUGGGCCCUAAAAGGCCACUAUUGGAUUUGUGGUCAAUAUGCUUACCGUCGGCUACCGCCCAAUUGGUCAGGGGUAUGUUAUGUAGGAUAUAUCAGGCCCCUAUUCUUCCUACUACCUCUCCUACAGGGAAAAACUCUAGGAGUCAAAGUAUAUGAUGAUCUUAUUAGGGAACGACGAUCUAUUGAUUCCACUUUAACCGCCGGAAGUUCCCAAAAAUGGGGUACACAGGAGUGGCCUCCUGAGAGAAUCAUAGAACAUUAUGGACCAGCCAGGUGGAACCCCGAUGAGCUCGUAACAGGAGCUAGGGAACCGAUUUAUAACCUGAAUCGAAUAAUCAGAUUGCAAGCUGUUUUGGAAAUAGUAACAAACCAAACAGCCACAGCACUCGAUCUCUUAGCUGAUCAGGCAAUUCAAAUGAGAACCGCAAUUUAUCAGCAUCAUAUAGCUCUUGAUUAUUUGCUAGCAGAAGAAGGAGGAUUGUGUGCAAAACUGAAUGAAUCAAAUUGUUGUUUACAAAUAGAUGAUAAUGGAAAGAUAGUUAAACGGUUAACAAAAGAGAAAGCUAACCCACGUCCCAGUGCAAACCUGGAAAGGGUGGGACACAGAUUGGCUUACUUCAUGGUUGCCACAAAAAGAAUGGAUACGCCAAAGCUUCCUCUUUGCUAUAUGUAUUAUCAUAGCCCUAUUAGCCUUAGCCUGCCUUACCCCCUGUUUGGUGACAUUAAUCCGACGAUUGAUUAACCAAACUAUAAAUCAACAAGUCAUGGUGUUACUCCAGCCAGUAAAAGCUGAGGAUUGGGGAUAUUAAAACUCUUAAAAUGCUUUCAUAAAAAGGGGGGAUUGAUAGAUAACAUGAUUUGUGCUUAGUUGUCUGUUUUGGGAAACGAUGCUAUUGCUAAAUGAUCCUAUGACCUGCUUGCAUAACCAAUAAUAAACAUUGAACAGCACCAUGGUCAAGGGGAAAAACGUGGAAUGUUUAGAGUACAAGUAAAUAGACCUAUGUACCCCACGUCUGCAAAAUCCUGAAAAUAUGCUUUGUCAGUGUGGUCUGAUAUGACGUCAAUAAUGGUAUAUAUAUGUGCUCACUGUUCUGUAUCGGGGUGUCACUCCUCUGGCAUGAGUCGAGGAGGGGGCACCCGCUCAGCUGACCGUAUAAUAAAGGGCUAAUAUAUGUUUAUACUCUAUCUUGGUCUCUGUGCCUCCUUGGGGUAAUUG